AUAAAAUCUCGGAGUCACUCUUCCUCAACCAGCGAGGCAACAAGUGUAUUGCUUCCCCUCCACAAAAGCAUCGAGAUACGUUAGGUAUUUAGAGAGGCCACCCUGGGAUGGCCUCCCCCCCUUCAGCAAGCUCCCGCUCCGAAGCCGAAGAAGUCCUCGAGUCCAUUCGUCUCAAGGGAAUCAAGCGGGUUACCGCCGAGUAUGUCAGGAACGCCCGACAGUCUCGCGUGCCCAAGACUCAGGAGGGCCACAUCCCCCGACCCAUGAAUGCGUUCAUUUUAUUCACGACAAUUUCGCCUGAGCACGAGACACUUCAGUAUUAUCCCCGAAGAAAGGAGCUACUACGACACUUGGGUGACAUUUGGCGUAGUACAGAUUGGAAGAGGAGAAAGCCGUAUCAGGAUGUCGCAACUGAGCUUACAAACGAACACAAAAGGCUCUAUCCUAACUAUAUGUUUAAGCCUCGGCCUAGGAAGAAGUCUAACGUACCCAAGUCACCUACCGGAAAAGACCCGGGCGCUGCUCUUCAACCGAUCUCUACUGAUCCAAAGGUUGGGUGCAAAUUUAGCAUGCCUAACACCAUGGAAGAUGGGCAAAAAAUACAGAACAAUGUUCAUUCAUGGGAUCCUUACGGUCCCCCGCCUCAGAACCUCUUGGAGUACGCUCGCGUCCCAGCCCGCUGUCUCGUGGAAGCCGGCUCUAGCCGAAGCACGCCAGGCGACGUUUCUACUACCAGAACCCUAGAUACGGUCCGAGAAGAGACAUUGGGGAACGAGUUUCUCUACCAGUUCCAUGAAACCCUACAAUCACCUCAACAAGCUUGUUAUGAAACCAGUCCUGCGGACUUGACUUCUCCUACAUCGCCCUCAAAUGACGGUUCUUCCGACGAACUUCGGACACCAUCAACCCAGAGUACUCUGCAGAUAAACCCUCAGACCAGGCCAUUUAAUGAGUUCCGUAUCUCUCAAACCCUGGGAAAGGUGCAUUGUGCGGCCAACUCCACGCCCUCAAGAGUCCUAAAACCGUCGGACUUGCAGGCGGCGACGAGUCCCCCUGACAAUGAUUUGGUGGAAUAUUUGGACGAUUAUAAGACUCACAAUUCCGGCAAUGCGUAUCAGGACAGAUGAGCAGGCUUGCUGGAAUAAGAUUAACAAAGACCUAAAGUAUGGAAGUCGUCAGCACGACUCAUUUUACGCGCCAUUGUAUCGCGAGUUAUCAUCAUCUGAUGAUACCGACUAUUUUGUCCCAAAUGGUCAUCGGCACUAUAGGCCCAGUCCCAAUAAUAUCGAUCGCGAUCCGUUAUGCUUCGAGGACCGAAUCCUCAUUCCUCCAUCUAGUCACUCCUUCAGCACCCACCUGAACGAUCCCUCCAGUUUCCGCUCCCCGCUGAGUGCCCCAUACACUGAACGGCCCUAUCCGCCGAGCCCACUAUCAGGGACACCAGACCAGCAACAAUUCCUGGCUCAAGGGUCUGAUCAGGCCCAAUUCGAUCAAUACCCCUUCGUUGACCCAAGUUUAGGGUACUC